CCAGGGAAGCUCACUCACUAAUAAUCAUCUGCUUCUGUUGUGAAUGAAGAAAUAAAUAAAUCCAUCCAUAAGAAGCUUAAUGGCCAGAGAUGAUCUAGCAAGUUGCCUAAAUAAACAGAUUGAUCAGUUUGAAGGAGUGUCUUUCUAUAUAAAGGAGGUAAAAUUAUAUAUUACCCUCCUAAAACAAUAACAGCCAUAUGCAUACAUGAAAAUGUUUGUGGAGUAUAUGACUGAAUGCAUGAUUAUUUACAUUUUCUCACAUAUUUCUGACUUUAGGUCAAAUAUACUUAUCACUGGAUCGAUACAUUCAUUUGGAUUGAUAUGUCUGAAAUUUAUUGGGAAAAUUAAUUUUCUGUUGUAAAUUAAUAGGCUAUGUUGAUAUCAUUGUGAAAGCCCAGAUUUAGAAUACACAAAUGAAAACAAAAAAAAGGAAGUAAAAGUGCAAAGUGGUGUUCAGAAAAUGAAAAUUGUGUUCCCUAUUUAAAAGCCGAGCCUAGACAGAGUGCCUUCAGAGAACCUGAGAUCCAGGGUUCACCCGGUCCCAACUCAGCCAGACCAGCAGCAUCCUCCUUGCCUCAUGGCCUCCCUGCUUCUUCUGCUGACCGCCCUGGUGCUGUGUGGCUAUGGGCCUACUGGAUCCAUGGGCUGUGAGCUGCCCCAGAGUUCCAUCCAGCUCAGCAGUCAGACUGUUGCCCUGUUGGACCAGAUGAAGAGGAUCUCCACUCCCUUGUGUCUGAAGGACAGACGGGACUUCCGAUUCCCCCAGGAGCUGGUGAUGGGCAGUCAGGUCCAGACGGCUCAAGCUGUACCCAUCCUCCAUGGGACACUGGAGCAGAUGUUCACCCUCUUCCACACAGAGCAUGCCUCUUCUGCCUGGAACGGAACCAUCCUGGACCAGCUCCACUCUGUACUCCAUCAGCAGCUGGAAAUCAUGAAGUCCUGCUUGGUGCAGGAGGCUGGAAGGGAAGAAUCUGUCCAGGCAACUAAGGACCCUGCUCAAAAGGACUUCAGAAGGGCCCUGAGGAGGUACUUCCAGGGCAUCCGUCUCUAUCUGGAAGAGAAGAAGUAUAGUGACUGUGCCUGGGAAAUUGUCAGAGUGGAAGUCAGGAGGAUCUCCUCUAUCUUGGCAAAGUUGCAAAAAAGAUUCAAGAGCAAAAAUGGAGGUCUGGGGUCAUCUUGA